AUGUCAGCUUUCAUAUUUCCACUUGAUAUUCCAAUCGACAGCCCGUUUGGGAUCUACAACAUUCCCUUCGGGAUAUACAGUACUAAGGACAGAACUCCACGGGCAGCCACAGCAGUCGAAAAAUGGAUUAUCGACCUUGAUGCUUUGCUGAAUCAUGGCAUCUUCAACAAUAGAGAGCAUGCGAAGUUACUUCAAGGAGUAUUCUUGCAGCCUGUUCUGAAUGACUUUGCUGCAUUGCCAGUCACUGUUCGCCAUUAUGUUAGGCAGACUCUCAUCGAGAACCUGAGCAACUCUGGAUCUCCGCUUUAUACAAACCAAGAACUACAAACAGAAGCAUUACUGCCCUUAGGCGAAGGACAGAUGCAUCUGCCCAUGAAGCUGACGGACUAUACGGAUUUUUAUACGUCAGUGGUGCAUGCACAAACUGCCGGUAGAGCAAUGAAUGUCCCCAUUCCACCAGCAUUCUGGGAAUAUCCGAUGGCUUACAAUGGCCGCGUAUCAUCCGUAUUGGUCUCCGGCACCGAUGUUAUUCGUCCCAAGGGAUUUUAUCCCUCUGAGGCCGGUGACGACCGUGCCAAACUGCAGCCCUCACAGAAACUGGACUUUGAAAUGGAACUUGGUUGUUUUAUUUCCCACCCUGUCGCACCGGGAGAUGUGGUCAGCGCCAACGAUGCGUGGAAGCAUGUGUUUGGAUAUGUCCUCCUUAACGACUGGUCCGCGAGGGAUACACAGCGUUACGAGAUGCAUCCAUUCGGGCCAUUCCAUUCAAAGAGUUUUCUGACCAGCGUUUCGCCUUGGGUGGUUACUCCCGAGGCACUUCAGGGCAGCUUGGUCGGCCCGACUCCUUCGAAUAAGAUGCCCAUUGACGCUCAUCUUCAGAGCGAUCCAAAUAAUCAUGCUGGGUAUGAUAUUGAGUUUUCAGUAUUCUUGUCUCGCAAUUCCUCUACGCCCGUUAAGAUCUCACGAUCAUUUCUGAAGGACUCUCAUUGGGACUCCCUUCAGAUGAUCGCCUACCAGUCUUCAAGUGGCUGCGGCUUGCAUACAGGCGACCUUCUCGGCUCCGGCACAAAUUCUUCGCCGACACCAGAGGAACGGGACCCAUUAUCGCCAGUUGGGUGCGGAUGUCUUUUUGAGGCAGUUUCGGCAAAUAUUAAUCUUCCCAUGGUGGCGGAUCAGAAGGUUACCUGGCUGGAAGAUGGUGAUCGUGUGACCAUGGAAGGCUGGUUCACUACGCCGGACGGCCAACGAGCAGGAUUCGGGCCGUUGACUCAUUUGGUGGUUCCAGCAAGGCCGUAG